CUGGAUAAAGUAUAUGAGGGAAGGCUACAGUGUACGACUGGUGUGGAAGCUACUGAGGACAUGACGUACGUCAUUUCUCAGUGAUUAUGAAGAUAUUAGAGGCGACCUGAAGCCUAGAUGGUGGUCGUUCCUGUGUGAACUCUGUGAUAUUCCUUCAAAUGGAGGGAAGGAAGUAGGUGUUUCUGUGUGAAGCCUGUCAGGCGACUUCGUGUACUGAAGUGAGGACUGAAAGAAGCUGUGAGAGACUGUCCUAAAGGAUUUUGUUGGACGACCAAGAGUAACGCCAUCUAGGAGCGCCCUCACGUCCUAGAAUUCUGCGGUGUUUUUCAUGACAAUUCUGGACGUAAAACUGAAAAUUGAGUUGGCAACAGUGGCCGAGUACCAACAUCUCUUGAGACUAACCGCUGUCAACAACACGCGGCGGACCUGACGCUCCACCCGGGUGCCUGGCUUGUUUACGUUCUCUGUGUGCUUAUCUAACAGUGCCAAGCAUCUGUCAACCUGCUUGUUUUUUAUCGCCAACAGUAAACGUAUAGCCUCCAGGCUUCGAGUUUUUCCCUUUACAAGGGAACGACCGAGAUACAUAAGGUCCCGUGUUGUAGCUGCUUCCAUCCCCACAACAACAUCUCUCUUCCCAGCGGAAUAUCAUCUCUCGUCAGUUUCACACUUAAGGGAAUGCCGAGUCUUCGCGGGUAUGACUUUUGGCGGGAAAAGCUGCGAGGAGCCCGGCUGGCGGUGGCGCCUAUGGUGGACGCGUCGGAACUGGCAUGGCGACUACUGUCUAGACGUUACGGUGCAGAGUUGUGCUACACGCCCAUGCUGCACGCCCACGUCUUCGUCAAGGAUGCCAGGUACAGGCGGGAGAAUCUUGCCUCCACCCUCAACGACCGCCCACUUAUUGUCCAGUUCUGCUCGAACGACCCAGACACGUUCGUGGAGGCGUGCAGGCUGGCGGCGCCCUUCUGCGACGCCGUUGACCUUAACCUCGGCUGCCCACAAGCCAUCGCCCGCCGGGGACACUACGGGGCCUUCCUCCAGGAUGAGUGGGACCUGGUCCGCACUAUGAUCGAACGUGCAUCAACAGAGGUUGAUGUGGCUAUCACAGCAAAAAUCCGGGUGUUUGAGGACAAGAUUAGGACUGUAGAAUAUGCCAAGAUGCUGGAGCGUGCUGGUGCCUCACUUCUCACUGUGCAUGGCCGCACCAGGGACCAGAAGGGACCGCUCACAGGCCUUGCCUCCUGGCCACAUAUUAAAGCGGUCAAAGAAGCAGUGAGUGUGCCUGUGUUGGCCAAUGGCAACAUCCAGUAUCAGGCAGACGUGGAACGCUGCCUUUCUGACACAGGUGCUGAUGGUGUUAUGAGUGCAGAAGGAAACCUGCACAACCCGGCCCUCUUCACUGGCACUCACCCACCUGUCUGGCAUGUUGCUCUUGAGUACCUUCAGCUGGCCAUACAGUACCCCUGUCCAACAAGUUAUGCUCGAGGACAUGUCUUCAAGCUCCUUCAUCACUGUCUGAGUUUGUGUGAAAACUUUGACCUCCGCUACCGACUUUCCAAGACGUCUACGGCAGAAGAGAUGGUGGCUGUAGUGGAGGAUCUCAAGGCCCGGAUGACUCCCUAUAGCACUGGGGAGAAGGCUUGGACUCCAGACCCAGGUAGUGAGCAGUCACGUCUGCCUAUGCCUCCUUGGCUGUGUCAGCCCUAUGUUCGCAUCCCUCCAGAGGAACACCUUAAAAAAAUCCAGGAAAGUGAGCGACGUGUUCAAGAAAAACAACAGCAACAGCAAGAGAAAGCAGUAACAGACAAAGAAGAUGGGGAAUGUAGCGGAGGGAGUGAGCUAAGCAAACGACCAAUGGUAGAUGAAUCUGAGGAGGUGGAUUUGUCCAAAAAGAAGAAGAAAAAGAUGGCAAGAAAUCCAAGAAAAUCAUUUGAGCCAGUUGACCCAUAUGAGAAGUGUGGGUGCAAAAACCCAAAGGGUGGACGGUGUGUACAUGGACUUUGCCGUGCCUGCUGCAGAGUCAAGUGCUACACCGAAGGCCUCGACUGCCCUGGCCACCGUAUACUUGUUAAGACCAAGCGAGAGAAGGCAGCUAUAUACUAUGCACAGUUGAAGUUGAAGCAAGAGGAGCAUCAGGGAAAAGAGAGGGUAAUAUGGCGAUCAGUAGCAGACAAGCUGCAGUUUCUUCCAGAAGAAUCAGAAGUAUCUGUGACCCAGGGAUGCCUUCCUCAGGAGCAGACAUGCGCUACCUCACACCUGUCUGCACAAUCUUUGCAGCACUUAUCCGCAGCAAAUAGUGAUGAAGGUGUAAUUCUAGAGAUAAGUGCAGUAAAUGACAUUGAAAAAAUCACCAGUGAAGAUGAAGUUAAUAAAUGUACCUCAGUGUGUGACAAGAUAACGAAAGAUAUUCAAGGAAAUCUUUCAUGUUACAAUCAGGCUCAUGACACCACUCAUCAUAGUUAUAACCGUAAAUCAAAUUCUGCAACUUGACAGUAUUUUUCUUCACAGUACAAAGCUUAUUUGUAUAUUUGUUUUUUAAACAACUAAAGUUUAAAACUUG